AAUUACAGCGCCACAAACAGACUGUCCACUGCAACCUAACCUCGACUUCAGUAGCUAAUAUUAGUAUUUUACAAACUAACUUUAAAGUACUAUUCUUUUGAAAAAGCUGAAUAUUUUUCUACGAAUUCGUCAAGUUCAAGAAGAGUCCAUGUUCCUUACCCUUCUGGGUAGUCACGUAUCAGGCCAAGAACAGCCCCACCCGGGUUCUUCCUGUGAAGGAACUUCAUAAUUUGAGAAAGUAGUAUUGGAGAUGCAAAGAUGGGGAAGAAUGAGAAAAUCUCAGAAUAUAGGGAAAGGCUGGACAGAACAUUGGCAUCCCCUGAACUCACAAAUGAAGAUUCACUUAGAACCCUCGUCAAGAAUCAGCUUCUCCGCUCUUCACUUGAUGAAGAUGAAGGCUGUAGUGAGAAUGUAAUUCAAAGAAAGACUAAUGAAGUCUCCUAUUUUCUUCAAAUGUUGAGGAGCACUAGUGACCACGAGACAUUACAAAAUGGUCAAACUUCUCAUGGUGAAUGGAAAUUAAAAGAUGAUAAUGAAGAGUAUCGUGUCAUGUAUCGCCCAGGACCUCACGGUACUCCCCUUCACACAUUACUUGUUGAAGGCUAUGUCGACGGGCCUCUUGAUACUUGUUUAUGCGUCUCUUGGGAAUCAACACUCUACAAGAAAUGGUGGCCACAGAGUAGUUUUCCACCUUUUCGAAUUACAUAUUGCGAAUGUUUACAAAAAGUUCGGAUCAGUGAACAUCUAACUUUGCUGAGGGUGAAGGUAACAUGGCCAUUAUCAGCUAGGGAAGCUGUUGUGCACUUUUUUUUAUUAGAACACCUGAAAGAAGGUCUGCUGGUUGUUCUCGUAAACUCGAUAUCAGAUGCGGAGAACAUUGACAAAAGUACCCAUGGAUUUACGAGGGAUGGCAUCCCUGAAGUGAAGGAUGUGGUAAGAAUUGAUAUAGUCGGAGGCUUUGCCAUACAGAAAGUGACCCCUGAAAGAAGUUACUUCCGAACUAUAGCGACUGUGGAUUUGAAGCUGGACUUUGUUCCACCAUCCCUUUUAAAUUUCAUAUCACGGCAGCUUGUUGGAAGCGGUUUCAAACUAUUUCAGAAGGCAGUGGCUUCUGUCUCCAACAAUGAUGAAGAUUAUAGCAAAGCUUUGGAGGAUCCAUUGUAUGCUCGAAUACACGAGGCUCUAUUGUCCACCGUUGAGCCAAACGAUACCCCGGAAAGGAAAGAUCUCAAGACCGACUCUUGCCUUCCGUUACAAGGGAAUUCUACAGAAGAGAUGCAUAACAAUUCGGCUGAUAACAAUGCAAGUGAAUCUAUGGUCGGGAAUGAACAAGUCGCUGACAAGAAAAGUUUUGGUGAGAUUGAGGAAGGUGAGACUCAUGAGAGUGAAGAAAGCAGACAAUCGAAAGAUGAAAUUAAGUCCGUCGAACACAACGAUGUUCAUAGCAAUGGUGCAAUUGAAACUUCAUACGACACUGUACCAGCUACAUAUAGGAAAAUAAUUAGUGAAAUUGAGGAAGAAGAAAGUGAUUUCAGUAUAGAUUUCAAAAAUGACAUAUCUGAACCGUCAAAUUACAUAGCUGCAACGAGAAGUCCUCUUAACCAUAAAACAAAUAUUGCAGUUAGUCCUGAGGUCGAACGAGCUUUAUAUACUCUAGAGAAGGCCAUUACUUUAGUCCGAGAACGUGGUAAUAACAGUGUAGUGAAGUUUUCCUCCGUCUCCGUAAGCAAAGAGACUCCAAUUCAACAAAAGAUUACAGAGACAAGUUCUAUAUUUGCAAAGGAUGUAGUUUCUUCAGAUACUGAGGUCCCUGUUGAAGUAUCCCAGAAAGGAAGAAUUGUCGAUAGGACAUCACAUGAAUCAAAGACUAGCUCGAGCAAUUGCGAUAUCAGGCGUACGGGGUCAAAUUCUUUCGCAAGAGAAGUAAACCAUAACAAGAUAGCACCGGCAUCACCAUCACCGGAACAGGUAACAGCUCUAUCAAAUACGCCACUUAAAUUGAGCGACGAUAAGCUAAUGCUUACCGAAGUGGAUGGGAUAAACAGUAAGAAACCGAGUCGGAAGAAAAACCAUAUGUUCUGUUGCUUCGAUAUGAGCCGUCGAUGAAUGAUACCUUGACGGAGAAGAAAUUGAGACCAUUAGCACAACAAAAAUGCCAAGACUGCUGAUUUUUCACGUCAUCUCAAGCUUACAUAGAUGCGGACAUUUUGGUUUCCAAUUAAUUGUAUCAAGUGUGCCAUUAUAUAUAUUUGUAUUAUGUAAUACUACUAAUAAUUUGUAUAAUUCAUGUAUGAUAAUGUAACAUUUCCAUAUCAAAGCGAGAACAAAAUAAUUGAUAA